AUGGCUGAUUUUUCUAAACUAACGCCUGCUCAGCUGCAGGCAGUGCUCAAUGGCCCCGCGCUGAAACCACCUGAGGAUGUGACGCCUAAUUUUGACAAUCCGCCCAACGACAAUGCCUUAGCGUAUACGGCGUUAAGCGUAUGUCUUGCUGUAGCAACAAUUACUAUGGGAAUUCGUUUGUAUAGUAGGGUCGUUAAGGUCAGGAAGCUCCGGAUCGAAGACUACCUCGCGUGCAUUGGUUUUGUGGCUUAUGUGGGGUACUUGACGACUACCUACAUGCGGGCGGCUCAGUUCGGAAUCUUCGUACAUCAAUGGAAUAUCCGCCUCAAGGAUAUGUCUAUAAUACUGCUGAGAUCACACGUUGCUCAGAACAUGUACCCGAUCGUGAUGAUGACCAUGAAGACAGCUAUUCUGAGAGAGUGGAUUCGAAUAUUUGUCCCUCACGGCCAGCGGAACGCUUUUUUCUGGCUUUGCACAGUCGUGUUGGUGAUCAAUCUCUUAUACUACGCUUCUGCCAUUGUUGCUGUCAACCUCACCUGUAUUCCCAUCCAAGCAACGUGGGAUUUCACGGUAAAAGGGAAAUGUUUCAACGGCAAAGCCUUAGCAUCAUCCGGAGUUUCCGUAAAUUUGGUCUCCGACGUGAUCAUAUUAGUUCUUCCGCAAAAGACAAUCUGGAAUCUGAAUAUGCCGCGACGCAAGAAGAUUGGUGUCUCCAUCGUUUUUGCUGUUGGACUGUUUGCUUGCAUUGCAGCCAUUUGCAGGCUUGCAGCUUCAGUGAUCUACAGCGAGUCCAGCGAUGUAACCUACUACGGGUCUGCGGCCGGGCUCUGGGUCAUUGCGGAGAUGACUUGCGCCUUCUUAGUCUUCGCCUUGCCUGCUGUCCCCAGAGCUUUUACGGGGGAUGGCGUUGCUACGCAGAUACUCGUGUCCCUCAGGGCAUGGGCGUCCAUAUCCGGAUCACGCAAUCAGUCGAGAGACGGGGUCUCCUCAUUCCGCUCUGAAUCGGGAUCUCGCAGGGGAAACUUUUCCAAACUCAAUGAUCAAGGUAUACCUCUCGAAGACCACCCUUCGACUAGAUCCAAUAGGUCCCAAGAGCAACCCGGAAGUGUUCGUCAAACGACCAAGAUUGAACUCAGCAGCUCCCAGUACACCGACGUAGACCGAACAAUGGGUCACCAGUUACACCAUCCUUGGGAAACAAAGCAACCUCGCACGGCAUAG